AAUCCUUCAAUUUUAUUCAAAAAAACUAACUUCUGAUCUUCUCUAAUUUCUUUCCUUCUUUGAUCAUUCACCUUCCCAUUCUUCUUCCCUUCCUUCUGAUCUUAUUAUGAUUUUCUUCUAGAUUCAUCCAAAAAAAAAAACCCAAUCUCUUUUCAGUUGUGCUAUAAAAUGUACCAGUUUGGUUAAGUUUUCUUUAGUGGCGUGGCUUUUCUUGCAAGCCUUCUGGAAUUUUGAAGGAAAUUGGGCCUUGAUCCUAAUAAGCUUAGAAACUUAACAAUGGUUAAUUAUAGUGAAUUUCCUUUAGAGUUGACGAUGAAGGUAGCGGAACAUGUAGAAUUUUAUGAAGAUUUUAGUACCUUUGGUAAAGUUUGUACUCGGUGGAGAAAUGCAGCGAAGCUUGCUGAUAGAUCAGCAGCAUUACAUCAAACACCGUGGCUGAUGCUUGGGGUAUCCCCUAGUUCAUGCUCUUCUACGGUCAAGAUUUACAGUGUAUAUAACAGCAAGUUCAGGCUCAUGGACUUGCCAAAGAUUUCAUACAAAGAGGAUGAGUAUUGGUCGUGUAUUGAUGAUGAUUUAGAUGAUUCGCCAAAUGAAGACUAUGAAUAUGAUUACUCCUGCUGCUACUCCGGUCUUAGCGAUAGCGAUAGCGAUGAUGAUGCCAGAGACCAUUAUGGCCCUAAAGAUUGUGUGUCUCAGUACUUGUGUUCUUCACGUGGGUGGUUAGUUCACAGGUCUGAUUUUAAUUUCAGCUAUAAAGGAGUUGCUCUGGUGCACCCACUUUCCAAGAAGAUAAUUAUAACCCCUUGUCUUCCAAGAAAUAUAUUCCGUGAUUUGUUCAAAUCACAAUCAUAUCUUGUUCAAUAUGGAAAAUUUGCUCUCUCUGAUAGCCCUUCAACCACUUCCGAUUUCACUCUUGCCAUGAUAUUCAAGUGUUGGCGAGUCCGUACUGUUGGUUUUUGGAGAAGCAAGGAUGAGGAAUGGGUUAUAAAGGAAUUUACAGAGUUGGAUGACACCAUGGAUAUAACUUUUUAUAAGGGGGAGUUCUAUGUUGUGGAUAGCUGUGCUAGAAUUGUGGCUGCUAAUGCUUCCGAUAACACAAUUAGGUCUGUGAAUCUAGGCCACACCUUUGUACCAAAUAAUAUGCAGGCGAGCAAUGCAUUCUUGGUGGAAUCAGAUGGAGCCUUACUGUUGGUUCUCCAUAAACUCAAGUAUGUAGGUCCAAAUGAUCAACAUCCAGGGUAUUUAUCCCGUACUCCCUAUUUCAGAGUGUGGGAGGUGAAUAUUGAAGAUGGGCAGACUAAGGAAGUGGAGAAUUUGGGGAAUCGAGCCCUUUUUCUGGGUCGUAGCUCUUCCUUUUCUGUGCAGGCUUCUCCCGAUGGUUGUAAGCCUAAUUGCAUUUACUAUGUCAACUAUAGUGGUAAAAGAGCAGGGAAACAAGAUAGGGGCAUUUACGAUUUAACCACCCGCCAAAUGAUCAAACAGUUUGAUCGUUAUCCAAUGCAAAACAGUUUCUGGGUUGAGGCUCCUUCACGCUUUCAUUGUUGUCUGGACUCUAAAGGCAAAUCUAAAGUAUAAUGAUCAAGCAAUAGAGUGUCUUGAUCUUCUUUGGUUGUUCUUCAGGUUUUGCUGUGCCUUAAGGUUAGUUAGCUUGCAUGUUUUUCCCCUCUUCCUCGUACUAGCUCAGGAAAAAACAUUGACAGUUCGACUUUUGCGUAAUGGGAUACUUAGGAUAGCUCCCAUAGAACAUCGUUGUAGUUAACAAUAAUCUUAAAUGUCCUUAAUUGGCACAGGUUCCACUGUUUAAUUUUUCAUUAUAAUCUCCUUUUGAA